AUGUCGUCGGCGGCGGGGGACUGGGCGCGCGGGAGCAGCCACUCGGAGUCGGGGAAGUUGAGGACGGCAGAGCGCCCGCGCAGAGCGAGCGCGGCGACGUCGUGGGCGCGAGCGGCCAUCUCAGGCGUGGGGAAGGUGCCGAGCCAGUGGCGCUUCUCGUUGCGCGGCUCCCUCACCUCGCAAACCCACUUGCCGCCGUUGCGCUCCCUCACCCCGCGGUACACCGGAUGGCGCGUCUCCCUGAACUUCUUCCUCCCCGCCCGCCGCUUCUCCGUUCUGCCCGACGACGACGACGGCGACGACGAUGAAGCAGAGAUGUGCGGAGGAGGCGCCGCAUCGGAGGAGAAGGAGGAUGACGACGACGAAUCAGAGGGCGAGCACCCCGAGUCCAUGUAG